GUAAUUGGACAGUGAAAAAGGAAGGAAUCUGAGGUUUAUAACUUUUUCUUCUUUUCUAAUAAUCUGGAGUCGAAGAAACUUGGAUUACUGGUUCAAUAUUUUCAAUCAAUGGUUUUUCUAUUCCCAGGAAUUGCAUAAAUGGGCGAUUACUUUCUUAUCUAUUGACCAAAAAAAAAAAAUGAUUAGGAUCUCGAAGAGUGAGUGUAGACUUAGGUUUUUAAAUAGGGCAAAAUUUUGAAGCUAUCUUUUUUGGGUUAAUUUUUCUUUUUUCUUUUUUUUUUUGGUUAUUUUGAUAUGAUUUUCUACCCAUUUUUGAUUCCCAAGUGAGGUGCAUUAGCUCUCUGCUACUUCAAGAGUUCUAUCAGUCUAAAAGUGAUUUUCUUUUUUCCUUUUUAGAUACCAAUUGUGCAGCGUGUAUGUGAUUUAUUCAAAUGACGGUGUCUAGUUACAUUAGCAGAAGAAUACAAAAAAAAAAAAAAGAAAAAAAGAAAAGAGACUGGAGCUUGCUCUGUAAAUUUUGAGCGUAAAAUACAGAGAGUUAUUGAUGUGAUGAAUUUUUGUGGGCCUAUGCUGUUAAAACUGUUCUUAUCAAGUAGGACACACAAGUUACUGGGUUUUUGUUUGAAUUACGAAUUUGUAUUGUAAGUACGCCUGUUAUUCAUUGUUGGUUUCUGGGGUUUUCUUCUUUGUUUUCUUUCUUUGUUGUCUCUUUCAUAUCUCACUAUCCAAAACCCUAAUUACCAUUCACUUUUCAUCAAUUCACCGUCGCAUUAAUUUUUGUAUAUUUAUUUUUUUAAUUCUCUACAAACUACCAUUUAUUGCAUCUUUGGUUUAAUGGGUUUCAGAUAUUUCUCAUGCUCUAACUGAACUUUGUUGCUUUUUCAUUCAACAAUAGGUCAGCAAUUCACAAGAGUCCAAUUUUUUGAAUUUUGGAGCAAAUCGCCAUUGAAUUCUUCACAUACUCUGUUGGGGUUUUUAUGAUUUUUAUUGGAGGUGAUCUCUGGUUCAGCUCUCCUGGCCUUUUCUGGGGUCCUUCUGUUUGUUUUCUUCUUCCUGACCUCCAUAGCCUGACACAUCCUGCUUUUCCAUAAAUUUAGUCUACCAUCACUCCAGUUGUUGCCUUGUGGUGAUACCAAUAAUAGAAAUAGCUCAGAUCCAAAUAUUAAGAACUGUUUUAAAAAAAAUUCCUGGUUUUGGAGAUAAGCUUAUAGGUUUGUGUAGAGUCUGCAGCACCUCGGUGGAUUUCUUUCUUCGUCUUCUGAGCCUAUUCUGGAUAGGGAAUUUAAACAAGUCUAGAUGACUGUGGAUGAAGCGGACUGUAGUUCUGUGUGGACUAGAGAGCAAGAUAAGGCAUUUGAGGAUGCCCUUGCAACAUAUCCUGAGGAUGAUCUAGAUCGAUGGGAGAAGAUUGCUGCUGAUGUGCCUGGAAAAACUUCAGAAGAGAUUAAAUUUCACUAUGAACUUCUGGUUGAAGAUGUGAAUCAGAUUGAAGCUGGCUGUGUGCCUUUGCCUAACUAUUCUUCUUCAGAGGGUUCAACGGGCCAUGCUGGUGAUGAAGGUACUAGUAAAAAGGGUAGCCACCUGGGGCAUCAUAACAACGAGCCUGCUCAUGGUAAUAAAGCCUCAAGGUCAGAUCAAGAACGCCGUAAAGGGAUUGCUUGGACGGAGGAUGAGCACAGGUUAUUUCUUCUUGGUUUGGACAAGUAUGGAAAAGGUGAUUGGCGAAGUAUUUCCAGAAACUUUGUAGUGACAAGAACACCUACGCAAGUGGCAAGCCAUGCACAAAAAUAUUUUAUUCGUUUGAACUCAAUGAACAAAGAUAGAAGGCGGUCCAGCAUCCAUGAUAUCACCAGUGUUGGCAAUGGAGAUAUUUCAGCACCACAAGGACCGAUAACUGGCCAAACAAAUGGUUCUGCUGGUGGAGGUUCUGCUGGCAAGGCAACGAAACAUCCCCCUCAACACCCUGCUGGAUCCCCAGGUGUUGGUGUUUAUGGUUCUCCAACAAUAGGGCAACCGAUUGGAGGCCCCCUUGUUUCAGCAGUUGGUACCCCUGUGAAUCUUCCUGCCCCUGCACACAUGGCUUAUGGCAUCAGAGCUCCAGUACCAGGAACAGUUGUUCCUGGUGCACCUAUGAACAUGGGUCCUAUGGCAUAUCCAAUGCCACCCACAACCGCGCAUAGAUGAGAUGCAUCAUUUAGGUGCAAAGUGUACAAAGACAAAAGACUAAUUUGCUUGUGUUUCUGUUGGGUGAGUGGCCUCUCCAUUUUACCCUGAAUAAGAAUGCUUAUUUGCAAGCAAAAGCCGUCUGGAGUCAUUUGUUUAUUACGGUAGAAAAUAUGAAAUAAGGCAAUAGGGAGGGAUAGUACAUGCAUUUGUAUAGGCAAGCAGCAUUUAUGGGUAGGUCAGCAAAUUUAGUACCUUUUUGGUUUUACAUUACAGCGCUUAGUCUCAGUAGUCAGUCAGUCAGUGGUAUUUAACUUCUUUUUAUGGCCAAAGUUGUAAAAAACCCAUUUAUACUUUUUCACUAUUUUGAGUAGCAUAUGUUGGCACAUAUUGUGCUUAGCCUUCAUCUA